CAGACGGAGCCGCUCGGCGCGGAGUCCACGCCAAUGGCCGUGAUUUCCUGGAGCCUCUCCAAAUACAGCCCUGCCUCUCAGCACAAGUGGGCCAUCUGGACACCUGUGCCCGGAGCUUUGUAGUCUUCAGGUAACGUUGCUGCGUGAGUGAGACUUCGAGUGAACCUGCCAUGGCCAGCGUGCUCCUUCAGCUGCUGGGCUUCUUCCUGGGGCUGCUGGGGUUUGUGGGAACUGUAGUUGCAACCCUGCUGCCCCACUGGCGCAGCACGGCCUACGUGAGCACGAACAUCAUUACAGCCACCACCUACAUGAGAGGCUUGUGGAUGGAGUGUGUGUGGCACAGCACUGGCAUUUACCAGUGUGAGCUGUACAGAUCUCUCCUGGCGCUGCCACGCGACCUGCAGGCUGCCCGGGCGCUCAUGGUGCUCUCCUGCUUCACCUCAGUGGUUGCAUCACUGGUGUCUGUGAUGGGAAUGAAGUGUACCCGCUUUGGCCGUGGCUCCAUGAUGAAGUCACUGCUGGCACUGAGUGGUGGGAUUUGUUUUAUGUGUGCUGGCCUCCUCUGCCUUGUCACAGUGUCCUGGACCACCAACGAUGUCUUAAUGGAUUUCUACGACCCUUUCCUUCCCGUUGGUUUGAAGUAUGAGCUCGGUCUGGCUGUGUACAUCGGAUAUGCCUCGGCCUGCCUCAGUCUGACCGGGGGACUGGUGCUGUGCUGGAGCAGCAGUGGUGAAAAGUCACGGAGCCGCCCCCGUAUGCAAAGCAGCAGACCGUCUUCUCCUCCCCCUGCCUUCAACAACAUAUAUCCCCCUGCUCCACCGUACAAUCCCCCCGAGGCUCUGAAGGACAAUCACGUUCCUUCACUUUGCUCCCCGUCCAGCAGUGGCUAUAGGCUCAAUAACUAUGUCUAAGGCAGAGCAGUAUAUUAACACAGUCACUGAAGACUCUGUCUGUGACUCUGUGAAAAUAGUCCUGCAGUCCUGUAUUUACCCGAUCGGUUCUCAGACUUGUUUUAACAUAUUUCCAGCUGCAUUCACUUUCUUCAUAUCCAUAAAUUUGAAUAGGAAAAACAAGGGCUUCAGAUUAGUGUAUCUGAAUCUGGUGUCACAUUUUCUGUCACAUCCCCAGGCUUUUAUUAAACUUUAACGUGGCCACAGUGGCGGGCCUAUAGGACUGAACUGAAACCUGCUGACCUGCUGCUGAGCACCUGGAGGACCAGCAGGUGGCAACAUGUUCCUGUAAAGAGUAACAGAGGACACUGCAUGUCUUGUGUUGCGACGAUCAUGUUUAUGGAUAACCAGCUGUUUCAUAUUUUCGUCAUCAUAGCCUAAACGUUUUUCAUAACAGACAAUGUAUCAUGAGAGAGUAGCAGCAGUGCUGCAGUAUAACGUCAGCAUCAACUUACUAAAUGGACUUAUUCCAUUUAGAUGGAAUUUAAACAAUAAAUGUUUAAGUGCAUAUUCUUUUUGCUUUCUAGGACACUAAAUUCAUCAGAACCACCAUGAACAUUGUUUUAUCAAAGUCGGAUAACAAUUAGAUUCACUGCAUUCCCUUUAUAUAUAUAUGUGUGUGUGUAGCAAUUUGUUCAACUUGAUGUCUCUUCACACAAAAUGCAGCAAAGUUUAAAACGACCACGAGAUGGCGACAGAGGUAUUUUGAUGAGUUAAACCUAAACGAUCAACUUCUUUUAGUCACAGCAUUUACUCUAUACUACUUAGAUCAGACACAGUCUAUUAAAUGAUUUGCAUGCAUACCUUGCAUUGUCUGAGAAUAAGCGUUUCACACUCACUUGUUAUACUUUAGUAGCUGUGAAAUAUGUGAAUUUAAAAAGGCAUUAAAUUGCUGUUCGUGAUUGAUUUCAGCACCAUGGACAGCGCAUUGUGAGCUCAACCUUGGAGCAAUUUUAAAUGCUUAAUGCGUUCAUCUGGUAGCAAACUGUGAUUUCUUUACUGUCACCCCAGCUUUGAAGUCUAUAACGUGUAAAUAUGAGUACAAUCUAACACGCCAGUGUACUGCUGUAAUUCAUAAUAAAAUAAGUUGAUUCAGAAGUUGUGUUGAACCAAUAAAACCAUG